GCUCUGGGUAUACCAGCUCACAAGGGAUGGCGGUUUCGCCGUCGUUCUGUGGGAACGAUGAGUCGCUAGCCAUGAGUGACUGUGGAAGUCCUUUCGGCGAGUUUCAAGGCGAGGAGCAGCAAAUGCUGGGCGAACCCUCGUAUCAACCGGGCGUUGGCAGCCAGGCUAUUCCGAGAACCAUGGGCCAAGGUAAAAUGUCGUCUUAAAAAGAAGAUGUAAUUUUUGUCACGAGCUAAUUCACGAGAAACAGAAAUCCCGGAUAUCGACCCUCAGCUUUUGGCCUGGGAGAGCGGCUUAUAUCAGUUUCAGGCACCGGAAGAGGACGAGCCAUUGGCCAGCAUGGCCCUGGCCGGAGAUCCUGCAAGGCAAACAUGGGCACACUUGUCAUACAGGGAUGGUCCCGGAGUCUCAAAUCAAGGAGAGGCACUCUCCUAUGGAGGCUUCAUUGAGACUGGACAGUUGCAGUAUCAACAACCGAGAACUUUGAGUGCUCACCAAUCCCCAGUCAUCCAACGCAGUAUACAUGCUAGUGAUGAAUUGGCCGGUGGCUCGAGCCAUGUACUGGAGAGCCAGCCCCGUAUCAAUUAUAGUCUCCUCCACGCUCAUGUUGUGCCAACGAGCAUCAGGAAGCAGAAGAAGGGUCGUGGUGGACGGCAGCCUGGCUCUCACCUGCCGGCCGAUGAUGCAGCAAAUGCACGUUCUGUGCGGGGUGUGGGCUCAUGUUGGCGGUGCUCCUUUCAGAAAACGAAAUGUUCAACGCAUAUGACGUGUUCGACCUGCAGUGCCAUUGUUAAUUUCCGGACCUGGCCCCUAGGGUGUGAGCGCCGGUCCAUCAAGGAUAUGUUACGGAACUCUCUUGUUCCAGGUGAGUAGAAAAACCCGGCAUGGAGUCUAGCAAUGGUUGAGGAUCCACUGUUCUGAUAUCUUGUGGUAAUUCGAGAAAGAUUGCUUUGAGAGUCGUCUCACGAAAUCUGCGGUACUAGAGUUUGUCAAGGAUACCGUCCAGUGUCCCACUGGCAAGAAGUUUCCUCUCACGCUCAACGCUGGCUUUGGGAG